AAUAAUAAUAAUAAUAAUAAUAAUAAUAAUAAUAUAAGUAAUAGAAUAGUUGUUAAAAAAUUAUUAGUUAGUAAAAAAAGAGAGUAAUAUAAUGUCAGUGUGUUGUGGCGCAGAAUGUUUUGUAGCAUUAGGAUGUAUCAGAUGGAUAUGGAAGCGGUGUACAUAUAUAGGGGGUGAUGAUAGUGCCACGUGGCCACCGGCCACAGUUGAAGAAUUCGAACAAGUACCACAUCUGUGUCGGAUAAUAUUAGCUGUUUAUGAACAAGAUUUACAUAAUCCGAAGUUUCCGCCACUUGGUGGUUAUCGUUUGAAUCCUGAUUUUGUUGUCAAACGUGUCACAUAUCAGGAAACCUUAGGCCAUGCUCCUCCGCACCUGAUUUACGUCGACCACGAUCGCCGUGAGAUCGUGUUAGCGAUUAGAGGUUUGAAUUUAAAGAAAGAAAGUGAUUACAAGCUAUUAUUGAAUAAUAGGUUGGGAAUGCAAAUGUUUGAUGGAGGAUAUGUGCAUCAUGGGUUAUUGAAAUCAGCGGUGUGGUUGUUGAAUCAGGAGGCAGAGAAUUUGAAACAUUUGUGGUUAGAGAAUGGGUCGUGUUAUAAAAUGGUGUUUGUAGGGCAUUCGCUUGGAUCUGGUGUGGCCGCGUUGAUGACGGUGAUUGUGGUGAAUCAUAGAGAUAUGCUUGGUGGGAUUCCGAGGGAGUUGGUGAGAUGUUUUGCUCUUGCUCCUGCAAGGUGUAUGUCGCUCAAUUUGGCUGUUAAGUAUGCUGAUGUCAUUUACUCAAUUGUCUUGCAGGAUGAUUUCUUACCAAGAACUCCCACCCCAUUGGAAGACAUAUUCAAAUCUAUUUUCUGCUUGCCAUGUUUAAUAUUCUUGGUUUGCUUGAGGGACACAUUCAUACCAGAAGGUAGAAAGCUAAGAGAUCCAAGAAGAUUAUACGCACCUGGUCGGAUUUACCAUAUUGUUGAGAGGAAGUUCUGCAGAUGUGGGAGAUACCCUCCAGAGGUUAGAACUGCAAUUCCGGUUGAUGGUAGAUUUGAACAUAUUGUUUUGUCGACUCAUGCUACAUCUGACCAUGGGAUUAUCUGGAUUCACAGAGAAGCAGAGAAAGCUGUACAAUUGAUGAAGGAGAAAAGUUCGGAAACUAUUACAACUGCACCAAAGUUACAAAAAAUUGACAGACUUCAGUCAAUUGAGAAAGAACACAAGGACGCCUUAGAAAGAGCCGUGAGCCUUAACAUACCACAUGCUGUCAUGACCACUGAAGAUGAGGAGGACAAUGACCCUCAAGAAUCUAUGUCAGCAUCUGGUGACAAAGAAGAGCAAUCGUCUCCUCACAACUUGGCACCAAACCAUAUAGACCGUAGUCCUAUGCGAGAAAGCGGAACUACAGCAACUACAAAUUCAAAAACAGGGCGGACUACUUGGGAUGGUUUGGUAGAUCAGCUAUUUGAAAGGACUGCUUCAGGCAAACUAAAAACAAGAGAAGUUAUGAACACUGCUGGCUCAAAUGAUGCCAAUGUUUCUGAUAGCUAAGUUGAAUUUCAAACUCGUGAGCGUGCUCAUGUUCGACAGCUCCUUUAAAUGAUUCUUUUGUUUGUUCACUUGAUCACAGGUUUGCCUGGAACGGGGCAAAACUUGAACACAAAUGUCAGUUAUACAUGGGACUUACGCCUAAUAGUAUUGGUUUGGUGCGACUUACCUUAA